AUGAAAAUUGUUGAAAACAUUGUCUUAUGCACUGAUGUACCUCGAAUACAUGAAGCAAUUGAGAGAAUGUUCAUGGAUGUACCAAAUAUCAACAGAGCAUCUAUGGCUGAUUUGCAGGAUUUUCAGAUUGAAGGAAUGGCAGUGAACCUGUGGAAUUGGGCAGUUACCAACAAAGUACAAUUAUAUAUGAAUGAUGAGCAAACAGCUAAACUGUGUCAUAUUGCUUGCAAGUUGAUUUGUAUGUGUGAUACCUCACUGGCUUCAGAAACAACUGUUCAGAGACAGAUUUUGAUGAAUAUAAAAGCUGGAAAAGGAUGGAUGGAUGCUGGAAAUGCUCUGAUUGCUGAUGGGUUUUUUUACUCUGCCAUGAGUAGGCUGGAACAAUUUUAUGCCAUAUUAGUUGACCAGUGCUGCACUGAAACCCAUUUGCUCAUUCAGAAGGUUGUUGUGGAGAAGGAAGUUUUCAAAGUACUUACUUACCAAGCAGAAUCAGCAGUCAUUCAAGGGAAUUUUCAAAAAGCGUCUGGUUGUAUAAUGCGAUGUAAAGAUAUGUUGAUGAGGCUCCCCAAAAUGAUCGGCUAUCUUCAUGUGCUCUGUUACAAGUUUGGAGUUCAAACCCACAAGCAGAAUAAAUAUAAUGAGAGUACAUUCUGGUUGAGCCAAAGCUAUGAUAUUGGGAAGAUGGAUAAAAGUUCUAUUGGACCAGAUAUGCUGGCUAAAGUUCUGCGGUCCCUAGCCACUGUUUAUUUUGAUUGCCAUACUGGAGAAUGUUAUACUAAGGGCAUCAUUGCUAUUAAUCUAGCAAACAAGGAAUUUUUACAUCCAGAUGGGCUUUUCUUAAAGAUGAAAAUCCUAUUGAAAGCUGAAGCAGCUAAUGUCGAUAUCCUUGAAGCUGUUAGAGAAGUACUACGUUGUGAAAUGAGUAUUGACUUCUGUCUUAGCAUUGCUAAGCUGCUGAUGGAUUGUGGAAGAGAAUCUGUUGGAUUUGUUUUCCUGAAGAAAAUCUGUGACCAUUUCAAGUCAUCAGAACAUGUUGGGAAAGCGAAAUUGUUCCACAUUGACAUGCUUUUACAAAGAAAGGAAGAUCUUCUUGCCAGGGAAAAGAUUGAAGAAAUCAUUCAAGGUUACCAAAUGGGAAGACCACUGAAAACAGAAUUACUAGGCUGGUUACACAACAUUCUGUGGAGAAAAGCUGCCCGAAGUUUUGAGGUAAAAGUUUUUGCUGAUGCCCUAAACUGGUACUGUUACUCUCUGAAGUUUUAUGGAUUUCAAAAAACGGAUCUGGAUGUGGCCAAGCUACAGAGGAACGUGGCUUCCUGUUACCUGAAUUUAAGAGACUUUCAUAAGGCUAAACUGGCAGUAUUAGAGGCUGAACGAUUGGAUCCUACAAACAUUUUCACUCAGUUUUAUGUAUUCAAGAUUGCAAUUCUAGAGAACAACUCUGACAAAGCUUUGCAGGCAAUUGCUGCUUUAGCAUCAGUACUGAAACAGGAAGAACUGAGAAAUAAUGACCUGAUUCUAAGUGGAAUUUCACCUACCUCACUCAUAAAUUUAGCUGCCCAGUUUGCUCUUGCGAAUGGACAACGAGUUGUGGCAGGAAAAGCUUUGGAAUAUUUAGCUCAACACUCAGAAGAUCCAAAACAAGCACUUUCAUCUUUAAAGUGUCUGUUUCGUCUUGUUCUUCCAAAGUUUUCUCAAAUGCCAGAAUCUGAAAAUAAAAAGAAUGAAAUGAAUAGACUUAUAACUUACUUCAAUACAGCACUCCUGAAACUUACUCAGCUUUGUGAUGAACAACAGAAUAACAGAAUUAAUGAAGAUAACAGGAUUAAUGAAGCUCAUUGGUUUCGGAAGAUAGCUUGGAACUUGGCAGCACAGUCUCAGAAAGAACCAAUGAUAAUGAGAGAGUUUUUAAUGGCUUCUUAUAAUCUGUCCCUGCUUUGUCCUUCUGAUAAAGUAAUUCUGAUUGCAAAGAGUACAUGUUUGCUUUUGGCAACUUCAAUUGAUCUUGCACAAGGAAGAAAAGCUGUAACAACUAUUGAAGAGAAUGUGCUAUUGAACCGUGUGCUUGAUCAGAUCCAGAAGUGUAAAGUCAUCUGGAAUCACCUAAAACAAACAGGUACAAACUUCUCACAUCACUCAUUUGAGGCAUUGCUUCUGCUGUAUGAGUUUGAAGCUAAGAUCAAAAUGAAUGACCCAUCACUGGACAGUUUCCUAGAAACAAUGUGGGAGCUGCCUCAUUUAGACAGUACAAUACUUGAAGCAAUCGCAACAUUAGCUAUGGAAAGUCCUGUACACUAUCCUAGCAUUGCACUCAAAGCCUUGAAAAAGGCUCUACAGAUCCACAAAACGAAAGAAUCUCUCAAUGUUUUGAAAUACAGCAAAUGUAUGCAUAGCCUGAUAUUCAUUUUGUUACCAACUAGACCAUUGACUGCAGAGUUCUGUCCCCUGAAAGAAAUUUGGAGCCAUUUUCAAGAUGCUUUGAGCUUCAUUAGCCACAAUGAUGGCUACCCAGAAACAGAGAUUGUCUGGCUGAUGACCAAGUCCUGGAAUAUUGGAAUAUUUAUGUAUACCAAGAACAAGUUAAUAUCAGUUGAAAAAUGGUGUGGCCUGGCAUUGUGUUUUCUGAACCAACUUCGCUUGCUCAAGACACGCUAUGAGAUACGGUAUUACAACUCAGCAUUGAGAAAUGUAGACUUCAUUAAGCUCAAAUAUUUGGUUAUUUGUCCAUAUGCCCAAUUUCAUGGGCAUGUAGCCUGUCUCCUCAGUCCUAGCCCUGCCAUCUUGACCAAGCCCCUUUGGCUGAGCCUCAGUGACACUGGUCGAGUCAUCUAUGGAACCCUGAGCCCUAGUUCAGAGAGCAAGCCAGAUGAAAUCACACCCCAAUACUGA